UUAACCACUACUCAUGUUUUAGGUAAUAAAAACUCCUUUUAAGAGAAAGGGGAUCAAAUUUACUGAAAACUACAUGAAAAAUCUAAAUAUAAGAAGCAAAUUAAAAGAUAAGCAGUAAAAUAUAAUUAAAAGAAGCAGGAGAAUAGAAACAAAAUGUAAAUUGGUGACACAAAAAUAUAACAUUGUGUGUCAUCAGCAUAGACGUCGAGAUUUGAAAAAGCUGAAUAAAUAUACACACCUUGAUUUUUCUCAUCGUCUGAAAUUAAAUCAGACCAAACCUGUUCUGUUUCAGGUCAGUCAGAAUUACAAAAAAAAUAUUUCCAUUUGCUAAAUGCAACAAUAGUGAGAGAUUUAUUUAUUCAAAUCAGAAGUUGUCAAACCAGAAAGCAUCGUGUUGCAGGAGUGGCCUUUAAAUAUGUCCAUAAUCUCAUCUUUACCUCAUUGGUAAAGAGGCACUAAUCAUUCUUUAUGUAAACUUUGGAUUUUAAAGAUAUUCAUAAAUAAAUUUGUCAUAUUCUCUCAUUAUUGUGAUAUAACUGAUCUUAAACGAGAGAAAUUGGGUCUGAUUUAACUUCAGACAGAGAGAAAUGUAUGCAAACUUUUGGUUUUGUUGUAGUCUUUGUUGUGAGAUGGACUACAACUGUGAAAUUAAAGGGCACCAAGAUGGGAGCCUUGAGGAGCCCCACAAGGAAACCUUAUGUGCUCAAAUUUACAGGAAAUGUUGGCCUGGGAUGUUUUUUUUGUUUAACAAUUUAUUGUGUGAACAAGUGUGAUUUUAAAUACGUUCCAUAGACUUAUCCUAAUCUCUUCAAGGACUUAUAAUAUUUCAUCUGCAACAAUUACUGUGCAUAAGGACCUCUUACAUGUUAUUGUUUACAUCUGGAAAUGUCACAUGCUCACAACGCUGGAGGGCAAAAAGACGAUUCUUUUACUUGCCAUCCAUUACAGCCAGGCUGCUGCAGUAACACUGACGUUAGCUGUGUGGAUGGCCUUCUUCCUUAUUUUGUAACUGAACCAAACACACUGAAUUCCACAUCACAUCUACAUGUUAAGAUCGUCAUAGUCAAGCUAGCAUCAGACUUACUUCCCUCUCUCUCUCUCUCUCUCGCUAUUUUUCCAUCAUUUAAACCCUUUUCCUGAUCUUGUUAUCUAGCUGUCAUAGUGUUGAUAAUUAGUAGCAAAUCGUUGCGUCCCUUUUGCUUUAUGUGUCACACAAACAUUUAAGAUUUUGUGCGUUAUGUUGACAACAGCUGAAACCAAUGCUAGCCAUCAUCAGUGAGUAGCUUUUUGCCCAGGGAGAUAGGGCCCACAUUGAAGGGGUAUAUUGUAAUAAGUCUGUGGUUCUUAACCUGGGUUCGAUCAAAUAUUUUAUUUCGAAUAUUUGAUCUCGUUUUUAUUUAUAUAUUUUAUUUGUCGCUGCAGAAGGGUUUAGUGAAUGCUCAUAUGAAACUGGUGGGUUCGGUACCUCAAAAAAGGUUAAGACACUGUUAUAAGUGAUCAAACUUUUCCUUCAAUGAGGUUCCCAGCGCUGGUCACAUUAGUUUUAGGUGUUUUACUGAUUGCUCACCUUGAAACUUGCAGGUCAGCACUGCAUUAAGGACACCUUGUUGUGUUUGUGUACAAACACUUCCCAGCCAAUAGCUGCUGAGGUUGGUGGUAUCGGCUACCCUCAUGUUUCUGCUCACAUAAGAACCUUUACAGUCCAGCCUGCGACAUUUCCUCUGUUUUCUCGUUGAGUUUGGCGUGUCGCAGCAAGGCAGGAAGAUGGUUUCCCAGGGCAUUCAGAUCACCGGCAUAGUCAUAGCCACGAUCGGCUGGCUGCUGGACAUCGUGGUGUGCGGGCUGCCCAUGUGGAGGGUGUCAGCCUUCGUGGGCGCCAACAUCAUCACGGCUCAGACCAUCUGGGAGGGCUUGUGGAUGAGCUGCGUGGUGCAGAGCACGGGCCAGAUGCAGUGCAAGGUCUACGACUCCAUGCUGGCGCUGGAGCAGGACCUGCAGGCGGCCCGCGCCAUGAUCGUCGUCUCCGUCUUGUUGGGGAUCUUGGGGGUGUUCAUGGCCAUCGCUGGGGGAAAGUGCACCAACUGCAUUGAGGACGAGCGAUCCAAGUCGAAGAUCUGCAUCGUUUCUGGAGUUCUGUUCAUCCUCGCCGGGCUGCUGUGCCUCAUUCCCGUCUCCUGGUCCGCCAACUCCGUCAUCAACAGGUUCUACAACAUGAUGAUGAUUGGAACGCCUCAAUACGAGUUGGGAGCGUCGCUGUACAUCGGCUGGGCAGCUUCUGCCUUGUACCUGAUGGGAGGGGGGCUACUUUGCUGGAAUUGCCCCGCCGGUGAGGAAGACCAGAACUACGUUUCCAAACCCAGAUUCACCCCAGUGAAGACCGCUUCCACAUCCAGAGAAUACGUAUAAAGUUUCCCUCCUAACACGGACACGAAGGCUCAACACAGCUGACAUGUCGGCUCGUAUUGAUCAUACUGAUGGAUCCACGCAAAGUGUAGAUACUGUUCAAAUUCUCAGCUUUUGGUCGGUUUUAUGAGGAGGUGUGAUUGUGAAACCAAAGGAGUAAAUGAUAAAUAACUGUGGUAAAUGUUAGGUUUAGCUAAACUUAAACAGGCUUUCUUUCAUAAUGAUCACUUUGGAAACAAUCUGUUUGUAAUCCAAGAGAUGAAUAUUUAAUUCCUUUCUAACAUUGUAAGAGAUUUUAUUAAUUAUUAAAUGUUAUUGUGAUGAUUUGUAUUUUUAAAGAAAUUGACCCUAAUAACAGACACAUCUAUGUGUAAAUAAAUGCGUAACGCUUUUUCUUUUACUUUUAAGUUCUUUUUGUUCUCCAUAUACUCAUGUAACUUUACUUGUUUUUGUGUUUGUAAUGUAAAUAAACUCUGUUAAAACUGGAUUAUUACGUUAAAGUUAAAUAAAAUACUACGCAAGUA